AAUUAAUUGGGUAGUCUUGGUCAUUUGGUUCAGAUUAGCCAAGAUUUCAUGACAAACAUACAGAAGUAGGGCGUUCAAGAGGGUGUUGCAGACGGAGGAACAGGCUUGAGAGCUGAGCUAGGAGAUUGGAGGAUGGACGACACCUACUCUGGAAGACUCAUUGGAGGAGGUCUUUCUCAAUCUCAGAUUUAAUGAGACAGCAGAAGUGGCAUUCAUGGAGGGUCCUAACACAGACAUCCCUUCCCUUGGGUUGAAGGGGCUGGUGAGCUUUGUGAGCAGGUCCCCCCAGGACGCCCUUCCCCUCUUCACCGUAUCCUCCCUUCACUCGCGCUCUGCCCUCCCAGGUGGUGAUUCUGUGCCCCUUCACUGGCAUCCAGCAAACCUUCCCCUGCAGCAAAUGGCUGGAUGAGAAGAAGGCAGAUGGGCUGAUUGAGAGGCAGCUCUAUGAGAUGGUGUCUCUCAGGAAGAAGCGGCUGAAGAAAUUUCCUUGGUCCCUGUGGGUCUGGACCACGGACCUGAAGAAGGCCGGUACCAACUCUCCCAUCUUCAUCCAGAUUUAUGGACAGAAGGGGCGGACAGAUGAGAUUCUCCUGAAUCCCAACAACAAGUGGUUCAAACCAGGUGUCAUCGAGAAGUUUAGGAUUGAGCUCCCAGAUCUCGGCAGAUUUUAUAAGCUUCGAGCAUGGCACGAUAGAAGGAGUCCUGGUUCUGGAUGGCAUUUAGAAAGGAUGACCCUGAUGAACACUCUGAAUAAGGACAAGUAUAACUUCAAUUGCAAUCGCUGGCUGGACGCCAACGAAGAUGACAAUGAGAUUGUGAGGGAAAUGACCGCAGAGGGCCCAACAGUGCGGAGGAUCAUGGGCAUGGUCCGGUACCGAGUGACUGUAUGCACAGGGGAACUCGAAGGUGCGGGGACUGAUGCCAACGUCUAUCUCUGCCUUUAUGGUGACGUGGGGGACACCGGGGAGCGGCUGCUGUAUAACUGCAGGAAUAACACCGACCUCUUUGAGAAGGGCAGUGCCGAUGAGUUCACCAUCGAGUCUGUCACCAUGAGGAAGGUGAGGCGGGUGAGGAUCAGACAUGACGGCAAGGGCCCAGGGAGCGGCUGGUACCUGGAACGGGUGCUGCUGAGAGAGGAGGGGCAGCCCGAGAGUGACAACGUGGAGUUCCCGUGUCUCAGGUGGCUGGACAAGGAUAAGGAUGAUGGGCAGCUGGUCCGAGAGUUGCUGCCCAGUGACAGCAAUGCCACACUCAAGAAUUUCCGUUAUCACAUCAGCGUGAAGACUGGGGACGUCUCUGGAGCCAGCACAGAUUCCAAGGUCUACAUCAAACUCUACGGGGAUAAAUCCGACACCAUCAAGCAAGUUCUUCUCGUCUCUGACAAUAACCUCAAAGACUAUUUUGAACGUGGCCGGGUGGACGAAUUUACCCUGGAGACCCUGAACAUUGGGACUAUCAACCGGCUGGUCAUCGGGCACGACAGCACGGGCAUGCACGCAGGAUGGUUCCUGGGCAGCAUCCAGAUCCGUGUGCCUCGCCAAGGCAAGAAGUACACCUUCCCUGCCAACCGCUGGCUGGACAAGAACCAGGCGGAUGGGCGCCUGGAGGUGGAGCUUUACCCCAGUGAGGUCGUGGAGAUCCAGAAAUUGGUGCACUAUGAGGUUGACAUUUGGACAGGGGAUGUGGGUGGCGCAGGUACCACUGCCCGAGUCUACUUGCAGAUUUACGGCGAGGAAGGCAAGACCGAGGUGCUCUUCCUCUCCAGCCGCUCCAAGGCUUUUGAUCGGGCAUCCAAGGACACGUUCCAGCUGGAGGCGGCGGACGUGGGUGAGAUCUACAAGAUCCGGCUGGGGCACACGGGCGAGGGCUUUGGGCCCAGCUGGUUCGUGGACGCCGUGUGGCUGCGGCACCUGGUGGUGCGGGAGGUGGAGCUCACGCCGGAGCAGGAGGCCAGGAAGAAGAAGGAGAAGGAGAAGCUGCGGCAGCUGCUCAAGAAGGAGCGGCUGAAAGCCAAGCUGCAGAGGAAGAAGAAGAAGAAGAGGAAGGGCAGCGAUGAGGAGGAGGAGGAGGGGGAAGAGGAGGAGUCCUCCUCAGAGGAGUCCUCGUCAGAAGAGGAGGAGGAGGAGGAGGAGUCCGAGGAAGAAGAGGAAGAGGAGGAGCACGGGCCGGGGAUGCAGGAGGUGAUUGAGCAGUACAAGUUCGAAGUCCACCGCUGGCUGGCCCGGGGCAAGGAGGACAAUGAACUUGUCGUGGAGUUGGUGCCAGCGGGCCGAUCUGGUCCUGAGCCCAACACCUAUGAAGUGCAGGUGAUCACAGGCAAUGUGCCCAAGGCCGGCACAGAUGCCAAUGUCUUCCUGACCAUCUACGGUGAGGAGUACGGGGACACGGGCGAGCGGCCCCUGAAGAAGUCGGACAAAUCCAACAAGUUUGAGCAGGGGCAGACGGACACCUUCACCAUCUAUGCCAUUGACCUGGGAGCUCUGUCCAAGAUUCGGAUUCGCCAUGACAACACAGGCAGCAGACCAGGCUGGUUUCUGGACAGAAUAGACAUCACCGAUGUGAACAAUGAGAUCACGUACUACUUCCCGUGCCAACGCUGGCUGGCAGUGGAGGAGGAUGAUGGCCAGCUGUCCAGGGAGCUGUUGCCAGUGGACGAGUCCUAUGUGCUGCCCAGCGAGGAUGAGGAGGGUGGGGGACAUGGUGACAGUAACCCCCUUGACAACCUGGCUCUGGAGCAAAAAGAUAAAUCAACCACGUUCUCAGUGACCGUAAAGACAGGGGACAAGAAGAACGCAGGUACCGAUGCCAACGUCUUCAUCACGCUCUUUGGCACACAAGAUGACACGGGAACAACCCUCCUGAAAUCCUCCAAGACCAACAGUGACAAGUUUGAGAGAGACAGCAUUGAAAUCUUCACAGUAGAGACGCUGGAUCUGGGAGACCUGUGGAAAGUCAGGAUCGGCCAUGACAACACAGGCAAGGCCCCAGGCUGGUUUGUAGACUGGGUAGAAGUGGACGCCCCAUCUCUUGGAAAGUGCAUGACGUUUCCCUGUGGCCGCUGGCUGGCCAAGGAUGAAGAUGACGGGACCAUUGUCAGAGACCUUUUCCACGCAGAGCUUCAGACAAGACUGUACACCCCAUUUGUCCCUUACGAGAUCACCCUCUACACCAGCGAUGUCUUUGCUGCUGGGACAGAUGCCAACAUCUUCAUCGUCAUCUAUGGCUGUGAUGCUGUGUGCACGCGGCAGAAGUUUCUGUGCACCAACAAGAGGGAGCAGAAGCUGUUCUUUGAGAGGAAGUCUGCCUCCCGCUUCAUCGUGGAGUUGGAAGACGUGGGAGAAAUCAUUGAAAAAAUCCGGAUCGGCCACGAUAACACAGGCAUAAAUCCGGGAUGGCACUGCUCCCACGUGGACAUCCGCAGGCUCCUCCCAGACAAAGACGGUACAGAGACCUUGACUUUCCCAUGUGAUCGAUGGCUUGCCACCUCCGAGGAUGACAAGAAGACCAUUCGAGAACUGGUCCCCUACGACAUCUUCACUGAGAAAUACAUGAAAGACGGGUCCUUGAGGCAGGUCUACAAGGAAGUGGAAGAGCCCCUGGACAUCGUGCUGUACUCGGUGCAGAUCUUCACCGGGAACGUUCCCGGGGCGGGGACGGAUGCCAAGGUCUACAUCACCAUCUACGGAGACCUGGGGGACACGGGGGAGCGGUACCUGGGCAAGUCCGAGAACCGCACCAACAAGUUUGAGAAAGGAACGGCCGACACUUUCAUCAUUGAGGCUGCUGACCUGGGCGUCAUCUACAAGAUAAAGCUGCGCCAUGAUAACACCAAAUGGUGUGCAGACUGGUAUGUGGAGAAGGUGGAGAUCUGGAACGACACCAAUGAGGAUGAGUUCCUGUUCCUGUGCGGGCGCUGGCUCUCCCUGAAGAAGGAGGAUGGACGGCUGGAGAGGCUCUUUUACGAAAAGGAGUACACUGGGGACCGCAGUAGCAACUGCAGCAGUCCAGCUGACUUCUGGGAGAUUGCCCUGAGCUCCAAGAUGGCGGACGUGGACAUCGCCACUGUCACGGGGCCCAUGGCUGACUAUGUUCAGGAGGGCCCAGUCAUUCCCUACUACGUGUCAGUGACCACCGGGAAGCACAGGGACGCGGCCACCGAUAGCCGAGCCUUCAUCUUACUCAUCGGAGAGGAGGACGAACGCAGCAACCGCAUCUGGCUGGAUUACCCCCAGGGGAAGAGGGGCUUUGCCUGCGGCUCGGUAGAGGAGUUCUACGUCGGGGGCUUGGACGUGGGCACCAUCAAGAAAAUAGAGCUGGGCCAUGAUGGAGCCUCCCCCGAGAGCUGCUGGCUGGUGGAAGAGCUGUGCUUGGCAGUGCCCACCCAGGGCAUCAAGUACACACUGUCCUGCAACUGCUGGCUUGCCAAGGACCGGGGUGACGGGGUCACCUCUCGUGUUUUUGACCUGCUGGAUGCCAUGGUGGUGAACAUCGGGGUGAAGGUGCUUUACGAAAUGACAGUGUGGACAGGCGACGUGGUCGGUGGGGGCACCGACUCCAACAUCUUCAUGACCCUCUAUGGCAUCAACGGGAGCACAGAGGAGGUGCAGCUGGACAAAAAGAAGGCCAGGUUCGAGCGGGAGCAGAACGACACCUUCAUCAUGGAGAUCCUGGACAUCGCUCCCUUCACCAAGAUGCGCAUCCGCAUCGAUGGCCUGGGCAGCCGGCCCGAGUGGUUCCUGGAAAGGAUCCUCCUGAAGAACAUGAACACUGGCGAUCUGACCAUGUUCUACUACGGAGACUGGCUGUCCCAGCGGAAGGGCAAGAAGACCCUGGUGUGCGAAAUGUGCGCUGUCAUCGACGAGGAGGAGAUGAUGGAGUGGACGUCCUACACCGUCACCGUGAAGACCAGCAACAUCCUGGGAGCAGGCACGGAUGCCAACGUGUUCAUCAUCAUCUUCGGGGAGAACGGGGACAGCGGAACCCUGGCCCUGAAGCAGUCGGCCAACUGGAACAAGUUUGAGCGGAACAACACAGACACCUUCAACUUCUCUGACAUGCUGAGCUUGGGUCACCUCUGCAAGCUGAGGGUCUGGCAUGACAACAAAGGGAUAUUUCCUGGCUGGCACCUGAGCUAUGUAGACGUGAAGGACAACUCCCGCGAUGAGACCUUCCGCUUCCAGUGUGAUUGCUGGCUCUCCAAGAGUGAGGGUGACAGGCAGACGGUCCGCGACUUUGCAUGUGCCAACAAUGAGAUCCGUGAGGAGCUGGAGGAGACCACCUAUGAGAUCGUCAUAGAAACGGGCAACGGAGGCGAAACCCGGGAGAACGUCUGGCUCAUCCUGGAGGGCAGGAAGAACCGAUCCAAAGAGUUUCUCGUGGAGAAUUCUUCCAGACAGCGGGCCUUUAGGAAGGGUACCACAGACACAUUCGAGUUUGACAGCAUCUACUUGGGGGACAUCGCCUCCAUCUGUGUGGGCCACCUGGCCAGAGAGGACCGGUUCAUUCCCAAGAGAGAGCUGGUCUGGCACGUCAAGACCAUCACCAUCACCGAGAUGGAGUAUGGCAAUGUGUACUUUUUUAAUUGCGACUGCCUCAUCCCCCUCAAGAGGAAGAGGAAGUACUUCAAGGUAUUCGAGGUUACCAAGACAACGGAGAGCUUUGCCAGCAAGAUCCAGAGCCUGGUACCCGUCAAGUAUGAGAUCAUUGUGACGACAGGCUAUGAGCCAGGGGCGGGCACCGAUGCCAAUGUGUUCGUGACCAUCUUUGGAGUCAAUGGGGACACAGGCAAGCGAGAACUAAAGCAGAAAAUGCGCAACCUCUUUGAGCGGGGCAGCACCGACCGUUUCUUCUUGGAGACCCUGGAGCUGGGCGAGCUGCGCAAGGUGCGGCUGGAACACGACAGCAGUGGCUACUACUCAGGUUGGCUGGUGGACAGGGUGGAGGUCACCAACACCAGCACGGGAGUGGCCACCAUCUUCACCUGCGGCCGGUGGCUGGACAAGUCUCGGGGGGAUGGGCUCACUUGGAGAGACCUCUUCCCCUCUGUCUGAGAUGCCCUCCACGAGCUUUCGUGUCUCUACCUGACAUUCAGUAGCCACUACUGAGACCUCUGGGGACAGGGACCUGUGGCCAGCAGACCUCUGAGAAAUUCAUGGUCCUUCAGAGGCCACUAUGUGUGGUUGAACUUUUGUGGAGUUCGGCUUUCCACAGUCCCAGUGUCUUGGACCUAAGGAAUCAUAGUCAUCAUGUGUCAUAUUCCAUGACUGCACAAAAAUAUCUUUUUGCAUUUCCUUUAUCUCAAAUAACAGUGGUGACCAGGCUAGGACUUGCUGCAGGGUGUGGAUGGAAAAUUGGGGCUUCACCCAGGGGAGAGAAGUGGGGAAGGAGAGGCCACCAAGAUGGUGUAUUUUAAGCAAAAACUAAUUAACACUUUUUUCCCAAAAAAGCUGGGCUAAUUAAAUUAUUACAAACCACACCCCACAAAGAGCUCAUCUUAGCAUCUCCUCAGUAAGAAAAGCAUGCCUUUCCUCAAUUUUAAUAAAUCCAGUGGCAAAUGGAGAAAAACAUCAGAAAGAAGUGUUUAUGGGGGAUUUAUGAGCCUGUGAAAUGUAGAUAAUUCUUCCCAUCACUUUACAGAGAACACCUGGGCAAGGGCCAGCUGAUUAGCCCAGUCUGUGGCAGCACAGGGGGGACAGGCACCAGCUGAUGGGAGACAGCACCUGGAACAGCCUGGUAUAUCUGGGAGAGUCAGUAAGCCAGUGCUCCCUGUAGUUCUCUGUGGGCAAUAUUUGGAUGAUAAGCUGAAGUAUUAGGAACAAGAUGAAGACCUUGAUGCAGAAGCAGCAGGAAAACUGCACACUUGUGCACGCACGUGGAUAUGCAUGUGCGCAGUCACAUGCAUACACACAAGCACCCACAUGCACACAUGGCCCCCCAACUCUCCCUGAGAGACAGUCACAGAGUCAGGCGACAGACAGCCAGACUCAGCAGAGCUCAGGCUCUAACGUCUGAUUUUCCUGCAGAGAGGGGCAGCAGGAAGAAGAGUUAGGCCAGGAAGUAUUCUACCAGGAGAGGACCAGUUUACCCUGCAGUGUCACCUGUGCCCCCUACCCCAGAGAGGUCUACACUCUCAGUGAGGCUUCAUGACUAUAGCAAGCUCAGAGAGAUCUCAAGGAUUUCUUGGGUAAAGGUAAAAUGCACAGGCUCCGGCACCCCAGCUCUGCAGCCAUUAGACUUUGGGCGCUUCAUUUUAUCUCUCUGGGCCUCAGUUUCCUCAUCUGCAAAACAGGGAGAAUACUGAUAACUCCUACCUCAUAGAUUAUUAGGAGGACUAAAUGAGUUAACAUGUGGGUGGUUUGAGUGCAGCACCCACAUUUAACAGUGAGUGUAGCCAUCAGGUCAAACCAGCUAUCCUCACAGGACACCAGAAGAGGAAAAGUGACCCUGAAGCUACUGUAUUUCUAGCCUUCAUUGGAGCUGGCUCUUCCCCUGGGCCUGGAUGAGAAUUCAGACAGCCUUGCCACUCCUCUGGACUCCAUCAGGUCACAGAAAGUCCAAGAAACACUUGAAGUCACAAAGUCCACCUCUAGUCUAUAACUGAAUGUCCCUAAUAGAGACACCCAAACAUCAAACCUAAAACAAGUCUCCUCCCAGUCCCCAGAUCAGCCUUG